GGGAUGUCGGAAGAAACCCGACAGCAAAAAUUGGCCUCGGCCAGGAAAAAGUUGCUAGAAUUUCAGCGGAAGCACAAUCUACCAUCUUCUUAUACAAAGAAGAAGAAGAAAGUAAAAAAUGAUGGUAGCUCUGAGUCAACUACUUCUGAUGAUUGCCACUCACCUGAGGACGCACCCAAAGACUGUGAUGCCCCUGCACCACCAUCUGCUGAUGACACCGUGUCACCUGAUGGUGUCCCUUCCCCUGAUGUACCACUGUCUGCUGAUGAUACUGUGUCACCUGACGCUGUCCCUUCCUCUAAUGCACCACCAUCUGCUGAUGACACCGUGCCACCUGACGGUAUCCCUUCCUCCGGUGCACCACCAUAUGGUGAUACCAUGUCACCUGGCGUCCGUUCCACUGAUGCUGGUCGCACUAGCAUGGAGUCACCUGAGAACCUUGAUGCUGACGAAAUCUCUCAUCUUAUGGAUGAAAUCGAGACUUUCUCAUCGACUGAGAGCCUGCGACAGCUUUCUCAGCAUAUCAGUAGUCUUGUGUCUGAGUCUACGUCCUAUGUCAAUGGAACAAGCCUUUCAUCGUCCAUUAACCUGAAGGAUUUGGAGAGCCGGUACCACGAGCUAGCAGUAGCCCUGGACUCCAGCUAUCUAACAAACAAACAACUCAGUAGCAAAGUAGAGGAAUUGCAAGAGAAGAACCAAGAACUUAUGGAUCAGCUAGAAAAAGAGAGAAAAGAACAUCAACAAAAGUUUAUGAAAGAGCAGGGGGCCCUACGGGAACAACUGCAGGUUCACAUUCAGACCAUAGGGAUCCUGGUAUCUGAAAAGUCAGAUCUUCAUUCAGCACUGGUGCAUACUCAGCAGGCAGUCAGGCAGAAAGAAGGAGAGUCCGAGGAUCUUGCCAGUCGCCUACAGUCUUCCCGGCAGCGUGUAGGAGAGCUGGAGAGGACUCUGUCUGCUGUCUCCACCAAGCAGAAGCAGAUAGAAAAGAUCAACAAGGAAUUAACCAAAGAGAGAGAUGCACUCAAGCUGGAAUUGUGCAAGAAUAACAUAAACAAUGAUGACCUGAAGCAGGUGAACUCAGAACAGCAAGAGAAGCUUCGUUUCCUGGAGUCUGAGAAGGUGGCCCUGCAACAGCAGUUUGAGGAACUACAAAAGAAACUGGACUUGUCUGAGCUCUUGCUGCUGCAGUUCACUAGCCCGUCUGAAGCCCUUAAUAGCAACCAGCAAUUACAACAGGCCUUGGAGGAGCGGGCAAAGCUGGAGAAACGGGUGGCUGAGCUUACUGAGCUGAUGAAACGACUACAGAUGGACAGGGACCAUUAUUUAGAGACUCUGAAAGGAGAUAAUGCCAUGUGGCAGGAGAAGAUGCAGCAAAUGUCAGAGAAGAUGCGCAUAUUGAAGGAGGAGAAGGAGCAGAGUGUGACUCAGGUGCGGGAGCUAGAGACCAGCUUGGCUGAACUGAGGAACCAGACAGCUGAAGCCCCAUCCCCAGCGCCCCCUGCAGGGCCCUCGGAGGUGGAACAGCGGCUGCAAGCAGAAGCGGAGCAGCUGCAAAAGCAGCUGGAAAGCCUGGCAGGACAGCUGCGUGACCAGGUGCAAGACAAUGAGGGUUUGAUUCGCCUGAACCUGGAGCAGGGGCAGCGGCUACGGGAGCUGGAGCAGGAAGCAGAAAUCUGGGGUGACCAGGCGGAAGAGCGCAAGAAGAUUCUGGAGACCAUGCAGAAUGACCGUGCCACCAUCAGCAUUGCGGUUUCCCAGAACCUUGAGCUCAAGAACCAGCUGGCGGAGUUGCAGGAUGGCUUUAUCAAGCUGAGCAAUGACAAUAUGGAAAUUUCCAAUGCACUACAGUCUGAGCAGCAUGUGAAGAAAGAACUGGCUAAGAAGCUGGGCCAACUACAGGAAGAGCUGGGCGAGAUGAAGGAGACGGUGGAACUGAAGAAUGAAGAGGCGAAGAGUCUACAGCAGGAGAGAGAUCAGUAUCUGAUUUACCUGCAUCAGUAUGUGGCUGCCUAUCAGCAGCACGCAAACACCUAUCAGCAACUGAUGUCAGAGAAGGAGUCGCUGCACAGGGAGCUCCUACAGCAGACCCAGGCCAUGGAGCAGCUGCAACAAGAGAAAGCUCAGGGUGCAGUGGCAGCUGAGGUGGCCCUCCACGAAUUGCAGGAGACCCAGGAGCGCCUAGAAGCUGCCAGACAGCAGAACCAGCAGCUGCAGGCCCAGCUGAGCCUAAUGGCCGAGCCUGGGAAGGGAGAUAUAUUGGACAAGGGUGGACAGAAGGAGGGAGCAGAGAAGGAGGCAGCAAUGAAGACAGAGACACCUGAGAAUGAGGUUGCAGAGGAGAAGGGAGUGGAGAAGGAGGAGGAAGUACCAGAUGAGGAGGCCUCUAGGCCCAUGCUGAGCAUCUCGGAGGACCUAGAUAGCCGAGAAGCCAUGCUGGUCCCAGCCCAGAAGAAGCCAGAGGACACAGCCUCUGCCUGUGAAAUUGGAGAUGGCUUUGUGUCUGGGGAAAUCCAUCGGGCCCUACAGGUGGACAUGGAGAAACUUGAGAACCGCUUUAUGGAGGUCAUGAAGGAGAAGGCAGACCUGAAGGAACAGGUGGAGGGACUGGAACAUCGCUGCAUCCAGCUGUCCGGAGAGACAGACACCAUUGGUGAGUACGUCACACUGUACCAGUGUCAGAGGCUAGCACUGAAGAAGCGGCAGCAGGAGAAUGAGGAGUAUGUGAGCCGGAUGGCGCAGGAAAAAGAGGAAAUGAAGGUGAAGUUACUGGAGCUGCAGGAGCUAGUGGUACAACUCGUGAGCCAGCGCAAUGAGUGGCAUGGCAAAUUCCUGGCAGCUACCCAGAGCCCUGCUGAGGAGCCUACCCCAAAGCCCACAGCCCCCCAGGAGCUUGGAGCUACCAACAAGCAGGGUGAUUUUUAUGAGGUGAGCCUCAGUGAUAACAUGGAACCUGCACGAGGAGAGGCCAGGGAGGUGUCUCCGCCUGAGGACCCCACUACUCAGCAGAUCAUGCAACUGCUCCGUGAAAUCCAGAACCCGCAGGAGCGCCCAGGCUUGGGCAGCAACACCUGCCUCCCCUUAUUCUACCGGGCUGGUGAAAACAACACUCUGAAGAUCCUGGUUGUCUAAAAAUCUUACAGUGUCAACAAGGUGUGGAGAAGUGGCGCUGCCCCUACGCCAUCUCUGCCACUCCCAGUCACCCCUUUCUCCAUAGAUUAGCAAGAUAAGACCCCUGUUUGAUGUGGGAAGAUAAGCCAAUGCAGACCUUUUGCCAUCUAGACCAGGACUAAAUCUCAGUUAUUUUUAUUAUUUGCAGGCGACCUUCUUAGCAAUAUUAAAAAAAAAUUUAGAGCCAGG